AAAUCGUCUAUAUUCUUUUUCUAUUUUAGAUAAAUACUGUCUAGAAUUUAUAAAUCAUUACAGUGCUAUUUUUCCUGUUCAGUCAACGAUUAUACAGAUACCAAUGUUAUCAACUAUCAAUUUAUACGUGGAUAAACUUGUUUUACUCAAGCUAGACAACACGAAACUGUCAGUCAAAGAUAGAGAAAAGUUAAAUACAAUUUGUGAAACGUUGAAUAAAAUACUGAAAUUUAGUAUAGGCCUUUCUUCUACCAGGAUAAGAAAGGAAGCCUUAAAUUUAGCUUUGUCCCUCGGUAAGAAAUUGCAACUUACUAACCGUACUGAACAAUUCAACAAAAUGAUUACGAUAAUUCAAGAGGCAUUGCCGGAGUUAACGAAGGAUAACGAACCAGAGAUUCGAACUAGGAUCAUUGAUAUUAAGGAAAUGCUUAAGAUAUGAAAAAAGCGAUUAUUUUUAAUAUGUUAUGUUGAACGACGUUAUGCAUGUUUGAAACUAAGUUCAUUCAGAUACUACACAAUCGUGAUCGAUAAUGGAAAUAGGUGUUUGCAGAACUCUGUUUAUUUGAUAAGACUUAAUUAAAUAUGUGGUUGAAAACAAUGAUUGUAUAAUAGUAAAUAUAAUUUUGUUUUAAUUAUUUUAAGUUGUCUGUAAUGUGUUCUAGGAAAAGGAUGUUUACACCUCUAUUUACAGACAUUUUCAUCCUGAAUAUAUUCCUAAAUUGAAAAGACUUCAAUUCGCGAUAUGCGACAUGCGAUCAUGCAUAUUUUCAUAUAAGUACAUAAGCUUAAUAAAAUACAUAUUGAACGAUAAA